AUGCGAAAAUCAUUUUUGUUUGCUUUGAGCUACACAAUUUUAUUUAAAUUAUCAUCCGUUAAUUCAUUCGAUGGAUUUUUUUCUCCAUCACGAAAUGCCGAAGUAAAAUCAAAAAGAUGUACAUACAUGAGAACUCAUGGAAUGUUGGCUGUGGAUUGUUAUGCAUUAGGAUUAACUAAUAUUCCAUCAGUUCUUAGAUCAAACAUUGAGGUUUUAGACGUUACAUACAACAGAAUUAGAGAAAUAUUCAAUUCAUCAUUUGUUAAUUAUUCAUUUUUAAGAAUAUUGUAUUUAUCUGAUAAUAGUAUUUCUUAUAUUGAAUCUGGAGCAUUUGAACCUCUCGAAGAUUUAGAAGUUUUGGAUUUGACAUUAAAUUCUUUGCAUUCCGUUCCUGAUGCAUUUGCGAGUCUUCCAGUACUUAGAAAACUCAUGAUUGGAAGCAAUCCGUUUGUCGAUGUUGUUUUCGACAAAGUCCUACCUUCCAUACAAUAUUUAUCCGUUAGUAAUUGUAAAUUAAAACGUUUUCCCAAUUUUACAUCACUUCCCGGAUUACUUCAAUUAAACAUGUCUGACAAUCAAAUUCAGUCCAUAGACCUUCGUAACGUGUCUCCCAUGUGUCGUCUUCAACUUCUCGAUCUUCGGGGUAAUCCUCGUCUUUUCAAACAAGAAUAUUGCAACUGUCAACUCCUUUUGGCGUGGAUAAAAAGACGUCAAGGAGAGAAUUUCAAACUUUUCCCCGAACCUGAUUUUAUUUGUAAAAAUUCUACCGAAGGGAAAAUCCUCAACGUCGAUCCGGAAAUGUGUAACGGAAAUGAAACUCAAACGCUACUGGAAGAAAGCGACCUUGUUGCCAAAUCGUGUGAAACUGAAGUCAUGAAAUAUGGAUCUGGACCACUCAGAUUAAAAGGAUCCGUUACGUGGAUGUUGGUUGCCGCGGGUGUUAGCGCUUUUAUUCUUCUUUUGUUUUUCGGUUUGUAUUGUAUAAGAAAAAGGCACGAAAUGAAAGAAUCAGAAUCAGAGAGAUCGAAUGUUCGGGAAAAAUGUUGGAGGACUUGA